GUAUUUACACGUAUCGUUUCAUCGCUACCAUCAAGUACAAGAAGGAACAUGGCCAUUUCGUCAACGAUAAGCUCAGAUAUACUGAGACGAUAAGCAAAGGUGAAAAUAGGGAGAACAUUGUAGGUGGCUGAAGGAACGAUAAGAAUAUAAUAACGUGGAAAGGAGUAAAAACCUUUAUUUAUUAUUUAAAUUGAUAUACGACGAAUACCGAAAUAAGUGCCACAGGAAGAUCGGUCAGCAAAGUUUUUCGUAAAUUGGGUGGAAAAGCAUAACGGCGGUUACUUACAUUUUAGCGUUCCUCGCGCUUUUCACGUGAAAAACUCCAUUGAUAUAAGCGCCACCGGGUACGGGCUAAGAAGGCAGUGUUGUGUUUUGAAGCUACUAAAAUAAGAGGUUAUUUUGCGUAAUUGCCUUUGGCCGUUGUUAUAUUGGAUAAAAAUAUCGACAAUUCUGAAAUUUAAGACAACGUCAUUUCCAUAAUAGCGUAAAAUGUCUAGCUUUCGCAAACGGCACGUUCAAAAACCAAUUCCAGGUACGCGCACGAGCCCACAAACUGGUCAAGUAAUAACGUCAAGUGGCAAUCCAUCUCUAGACGUUGUUGUAGGUGGCGGUUUACCUGUUGGUUCAAUCUGUCUAAUUGAGGAAGAUAAAUACGUUACAUAUUCUAAGGUUUUGGCCAAGUACUUUGUUGCAGAAGGGGUAAUUUCGGCCCAAUCGAUUUUCUUGGGUAGUUUGGAUGAGGAUCCACAGGAAAUUAUGUACAAAUUGCCGAAACCACUUAAUGACGAUGAAGUGGAACUGGAGAAAUCUGCCGAACAGGAAAAAGAAGAAACUCCUAAAAACGGUCUUCGAAUUGCCUGGCGUUAUAAUGAUCUUCCACCUGUGAACUCGGAACAAACUCCUAGCAAGAUAGGACACCACUUUAACUUAAUGGAAUAUAUGGAUAAAAAUUUACAAGACUUUGUGGAUACAGUGCUUUGGAAUGGAAAUUCGGAUGAAGAUGAUGAUAAAUUGGGUGAUGGCGAAGAGGUUUUCCUGCGCUCUAAGCCAAUUGUUCCUCCAAAGGAUAACGCCGGUGAAAACAAUGCCAACAACAGAAAUGAAAGCAACACUAGUUGCAUAGAGGUGGAUUUAGGGCAAGAAAUGAGAAAUGCAGCACCCGAUGAAUUUCAUAGAUCUACAAACCCAUCAACAAGCAUUCAAAUUGCAAAUAACGCUCAAAUCAAUCAGCAGACGUCCCCAAGUUCAAAUUUAGAUAAUAAGAUUCAAGCGCACUUACGUCUGCAGAAUGAACAGAAAAUUUUCAACAAUCCGAAUUAUCAGCAUCUCCUCAAAUCGGUUCAAUUAUUAGCCAGUGAAGAAAAGUUUGCAACAGGCUCCUUGUUGUAUCGUAACCUUUGUAGAAUUUGUAUAACAUCACUGGGAUCGCCGCUGUGGUACGACGAAAAUUUUUCCCAAAAUAUUCUUAAGUUUUUAACAAUUCUAAGAGCUAUAGUUCGUAAUUCGUCCUGUGUAUGUCUCAUCACCAUACCUAUGAAUUUGAUCGCGAAGUUCGAUGAGACGCUUGUGCCGAAAAUACGCAAUUUAGUGGACUAUGCUAUAGAAUUAGAAUCAUUUGCAGGAUCAGAUCGGGAAACAAAUUUAACAUUUAAAGAGUACAAUGGUCUGUUGCAUUUGCAUAAAAUAACAGCCGUUAAUACUCUUACAGCGUAUAUACCGGAGACUUCUGAUUUGGCGUUCAAAUUACGGCGAAAGAAGUUCGUCAUUGAAAAGCUUCAUUUGCCCCCAGAGCUGCAAGAAGAUGGUACUGAAAGUAAACAUACAACUGGUUGUGGUGCUGGCGUUGCGUCCAGUGCUGCCUCCAUGGAUUUUUGAGCACCAACGACCAGUGUUCGGCGAAAGCAUUUCUUGCAGUUCAACGAUAUACUUGUGCGCACGACAAUGUAAGUGGUUGCUAGCUAUUUGUAUGGUGCAACAUUAGCAUUAUCUAUGUUUUAAUGGUUCCACCAUAGUCGACAGCGGGAAGGCGUACAUUAAUAUUAAGAGUAACCUGAACAUGAAUAGCAAUAAUUGGUUAGCUUCAUUCGUAAAAUAAAAGUAAUGUUUUUAUAAAAAUUAUAA